AGACAGUAAGUAUUUCAUGUUGUCUUCUCAUAGUCUUAAUUUUGUCAGAUAUGCAACUGAUGUACAAGAGCUGUUUGUUUUUGAAGAGUAGUAUGUACCCUAGGCAGCCUUCAAAGACUACAGAUUCACCCCUUCCUGUUGAAGUGACUGACAGAACUACGAGAGGCUUUGGCAAGCCCGCUGGACUCGUCCGGAUGGAUGCAAUUCUGAACUGCAGACCGGAUGACUUGGAAGAUUACUACAACUUGCUAGGAUGCGAUGAACUAUCUACGGUUGAACAAAUUCUUGCAGAAUUUAAGAUUAAAGCCCUUGAAUGUCAUCCUGACAAACAUCCUGGAAACCCCAAAGCAGUGGAGAAUUUCCAGAAGCUGCAGCAAGCUAAGGAGAUUCUUACUAACGAAGAGAGUCGAGCGCGUUACGAUUACUGGCGACAAAGCAAAAUUACCAUUCCGUUCCAGCAAUGGGAGGCCCUGAGCAAUUCUGUGAAGAUGUCAAUGCACUGGGCUGUCCAAAGUAAGAAGGACCAAAUGCUGGAAGCUCCUGACUUGAAUAAUAGCAACAACAUAACUAAUGAGAUUUGGACCCAACAGACUGAAAACAAUGAAGACGGAUUGUCAGAUGGGAACAGGGAGCAAGAAGAUGUUGCAAUUCCUGAUGUGAAACCACAGUCUUCAAAGAAUCCAGACUCCCCAAGAUUUUCAGAGGCAAAUUACUGGCACUUGCGUUUCCGCUGGUCAGGAGAUGCUCCAUCAGACCUUCUGAGGAAAUUCAGAAACUAUGAGAUCUAAAAUGCAAAAUACACAAGAGCGUGAGAUCAUCUGUUCAACAAUUCAGUAUUUUUUUUGUCAGCAGUUAUAAGUUAUUUGUAUUUUGUGUUCAUUCAUUGUGAUGUGAACGUUGUUCGAAUAAAUGUCUUAAUACUGAUUUGUUAACACACGUGCUAUGAGCAUUACAGAUGGAGGUCUUUUUGUUUAAUAAGCAAACUUCAAUAAGCAAAGCCCUUUUCAGUAUUAACAUAAAGUGAAGUUAUCUAACAUCUUAUAUAUUGUUUCUUGUAUUCUUAAAUAUUGUGUAGUGAAUAAUAGUUUUCUCAAUACUGUGAUGUUAUAAAGAAUGUACUCUUGGUAGAACCAGAAUCAAUGUUAGACUCCAGCAUAUCAUCCUAUUCAGUGAUGAUCUUCCAAAAGCUAUAUGACAAUGAACUUUAAACAAAACUGUCCUUAUUUCUAAACUAUAUACUCUGGUUCACUUCUCCACUGCAUUGUACUUACUGUAGUGACUUAUAAUGCACGCAUGCACAAUACUAUUACAAACUUAUCUUGUUGGAGAAUUGUGAUCUUAUGACAUAGAUGAAGUAAGAACCUUCUUAUUAUCCAAGAAGGUCACUGUGAAUACAUCAAGCACUCUUAAAAAUCAUUUGCUCUUUAUUUUAACAAGUACACUUUUUGCACCAGCUAUUUAUUUUGGAGGGCAGUUCCAGAAAUUCACUUCUCCAGUUAGCAACUUUCUUCUUCUUGAGACUGAUCGGUGGACAACUGAUACCCCUUGUAUGUGUGCCAGCAUUGUCCUGUGGCUUACUAGUAAUUUUCCUGCCUGCUCUGGCCUGGUAAGACGGGGUCUUAUCAGGGUUUUGUAUGGUGAGGAAUGAAGAAUCAGGCCAGUCAGCAUUAAUGGGUACAAAAUCUCACAUGAAAGGUUUUUGAUAUUUUGGGCACCUUUUCAAAUUCUACAUUGUGUUUGUUUAUUUUGUAUUUGCUUUCUUCUUUGUAAACCUGGCUAAUAUGUCAGGUAUUGACAUUGUGUUUUGUGCAGGCAAGUAAUUCCAUCAGCAACAAAUAAAACUGCAUGCAUA